GCUGGUGGCGGUGUUGCUGAUAAACAGCGCCCCUUGGUGGCCAUAAACAGUCACUAACUGUUACUAUGUGUAACAUUAUAUUUCUAUUAAUAAAAUCCGUGUGGAUGUGAGGCGGGUAAUGUUUGCUGACUGCCGGAGUAUUUCUGAUUUUACUAAGUUUCCGGAAGGCCUCGGCGCGUCGCUAGCUAGCACCAGACGGCGCUGCCUGCGCAGAGGGGCGGGAAACUGCCAACUCAUGCUGCCGCUCCGGACUCCAUGCUAGCCUCCAGAGCAGCGGGCUGCAGCAUCAUCACUGCGGCCGAACACAUGAGCUCGGAGGCGGGAAGCACUCAGUGCGAGCUCCCCGACAGCCCGCACAGGAGGCGGCUGCAGCGGCUGCUCGGAGUCUCCGGCUGCGGUCCGAACCGGGUCAACGACCUGCUGCUGCUGCGGCCCGAGUCAGACGGAGAGAGCUGCUCCGGAACCAGGGAGAGGAGCAACAACAGACACGUCGUCUUCUUCCAUGGAGACAUCCAGAACUUCAAGGAGCAGAUGGUCCUGCAGCCUGAGGCGGCGCCCUGGCUGUCCUGGAGCCUGGAGCAGGUGGCCCUGAUCCUGGCUCAGCGCUUCCCCAGCAGGAACAUCUGGGUGGUGAAGGCCUCACGCAUGUAUCUGCACAAGUUCAGCUGCUACCAGAACUUCGUGGACAGCAACAUGUUCGGGGCGCCGGAGCACGCGCCCUACGCCGCCGGCCAGGGAGCCUUCGCCCAACUCAGAACCCUGCUGAGCAACGCCAUGGAGCGGGCCAAGCUGCAGGACCGGCUCCCGCCUGCAGGUGGCGCCCCCGCCGGCUUCUCCCUCACCCUGGUGGGCUUCAGCAAAGGCUGCGUGGUUCUCAACCAGCUGGUGUACGAGCUGCGCGGCGCCCGCGCCGACCCGCGCAUGGCCGCCUUCGUGGAGCGCAUCUCCGACAUGUUCUGGCUGGACGGGGGUCACCCGGGCGGCGGCGAGACCUGGGUGACGGACAAGGAGGCGCUGAGGGAGCUGGCGGCCAGCGGCGUGUCGGUCCACGCCCACGUCACGCCGUACGAGGUGAGGGACCCGGCGCGGGCCUGGGUGGGCCGCGAGUACGGCGUCUUCACCCGGACCCUGGAGGAGCUGGGCGCCUGUCCCAGCAAGAAGCUGCACUUCCAGGAGGAGCCGCCCUGCAUACACAACCACUUCCGGGUCAUUCUGGAGUUCUGAGGCGGCCCGGCGGUACCGGCGACCCGCCGCACUGCUUUAGGUCUCACUGGCCACGAGACGAGCACCUUUAAUUAUUUAAUGUUUAUUCUCUGCUGCUGGAAGCUCCUGACGACCACCUGAAACGAUAAUUCAUGUUUCACUAUUUAAAUAUUAUAAGCUAGUAAUGUUUAUGUUAACAAACCUAAAUAAUAAUUAAUUAAUAUUAUAAUCUGGUAAUGUUUACGUUAAGAAACCUAAAUAAUAAUUAAU